UUUUGGAAGGUACUCUCUCUCUCUUGUGCUGUGCUCCGGUUUCCUGUCUGCAGUGACCUUCCUGGGGCUGAUCCCUAUCACAGUGUGUGUACCGCCCCCUUCAGAUCAACCAUGGGACACGACCCCGGCAGCGGCUCGGCUCAGCCAGACCUCUAUAGAGACACGUGGGUGCGAUACCUGGGAUAUGCAAAUGAAGUGGGGGAAUCAUUCCGUGCACUCAUCCCUAAAUCACUAGUUUGGGCUAGUUAUGGAGUGGCCACCGCCUAUGUUACUGCAGAUGCAGCAGAUAAGGGACAGAAGGCAUCAAAGGCCAAUGUGGAUGAUCCUAACAAGACUACUCAUGUCACUGUAGCGGUUAUAGACACCUUCGUAUGGCAAGCUCUUGCCUCUGUGGCCAUUCCAGGAUUUACCAUUAACCGAAUCUGUGCAGCUUCGCUCUACCUCAUGGGAAGGGUAACCAAAUGGCCCCUCCCACUUCGUAAGUGGGCAACCACUGCAGUAGGACUGUCUGCAAUUCCAGUUAUAAUAAAGCCAAUUGACAGGUCUGUGGAUUAUAUGCUUGAUUCCAGCCUCCGGAAACUGUAUAGAACAAACUCAAAGAACACAGAUGAAGCUCGCCCUUCUUGAUUCAGCAUCCUUCAGAAUGGUGUAUAUAGUCUGAUAUGCUUUUGGCCAGCUGGUCUAAGCCAGAUAAUAAGCCCCAUGUUAUGUGAUCAAUUUCUUAUUUUUGUGUACAUUCUGCAUCUUUAAG